AAGAACUGGACACACACAGAGACACCCAAAAAAAAAAAAAAAGUGUUAGCUAUGGCUCAUUUUCUUGUGCCUCUCUGUUUAAUCCUACUUAUAAGUAUCCAAUAUGUCUUGAGUGCUCCUUCCUGUCAAACAGUUACAUCUCAGUUAUCUCCAUGUCUCCCAUACAUCAGAAAUGACAGUGGUAAUAAGGGAGGUAACAGUCCAACAGUACCUUGUUGUACAGGAGUGAAUAACAUUUACAAACUUCAAAAAUCAAAAGGAGAUAGAGUUGUUAUCUGCAACUGUUUAAAAACGGUACUUAUUAAUCUGGGAAAUAUGGUCAUUCCCUCUCGUGUUUCUGAACUUCCUAAGAAGUGUGGCGUUUCUUACAACAUGCCUCCUAUUGAUAAAAACUACGACUGUAACAAGGUUUCUAUGUACUGAUGAUGAAAGGGGUUGUGAUUGAUAUCUAGAAAGCUGCUGGAACAUGGAUUGAUCGAUAUAAUUAUGAUUAAUAAAAUUUAAUUAGAAGUGGUUAUUGUAAAGCAAGAUCGAUUCGUUGUAAUUUGUAAACCUAACUUCAAAUAUUUGAGUACGGUUGAUUAAUGUUAAUGAAUAUAUAUAUGAUAAUUUAAAUUUGAUUA